GACUUGGUGUCGCCAGAGAUUCAAGUGGGUUGCUGGGUGACCUGGACCAAAUCCGGUGACGACAUUCCACCAGGCAUGGUGGGCAAGGAGUGGCGCACAGAUUUGCAAGUGGACUUUGAAAAAGCCGGGCUCAAUGUGGCACUCCACUCGCUCAAGAAGGGCAUCGACUUGGACAGCCUGAACAUGAUGAAGGCCAAGUUCAAAGCCGAUGAUCACAAUGGUGAUGGAAAACUCUUGAAGGAUAGAUAG